AUGGCUACCGGCCUCGGGGACCAGGAUCAGCAAUGGCUGCUCAACUGCCUUAACGCCACUCUGGAUCCAAACCACGAUGUGAGAACUUUCGCCGAGGCUUCGCUCCACCAAGCUUCUCUACAGCCAGGUAUCAAUUAUGGUUCCUAUACUAUUACUUCUCUGAUGAUCAUUGUCACAUUGGCGUUUGUCUGGUCCUCAUCACCCUGUUUGAAGUACACACACCAGUUACAGAAUAUGGACAUUGCGGCUGGACAUUUGGUGAGAUAAUGAUAUUGCUUUUUUGAUUUCACAGGAUUUGGAAUUGCUCUGGCUAGGAUUGCGGUGAACAAAGAUGUGCCAUUUGGACUGCGCCAGAUAUCCUUCUAUUGUAGCUUCACUCGGUUGUGGAGAUCUCUAUUGUUCUGAGUUUCUUGUUUGCUUGUUAUAUGCUUUGAGUUUCUCCUAUAUGUUGAACUUGACGCGAUUCACUUGGCAGCAGUUCUGCUUAAGCAGUUUAUUAAGCAGCACUGGCAGGAGGAUGAAGAGAAUUUCGUUCAUCCUGUUGUUUCUCCGACAGAGAAGGUCCUUUUAUUCUAGUUUCCUAUAUCUACGUCCAUGUACAUUACACCUUGGAUUUCGUUAUGGUUGGAUAGAUGAGGUGCUCUUUUUCAUAAUCUGCUUCAAAGGACUGUUGUUUAUUGUCACUGUGACCGUACAGUUUCUCAUUGCCUUGAUUGGUAUCUAAAUAUUUAUCAUCUACUCUGCUCUUGGAUGAAAUUUCAGGCAUCUAUACGUGAACAUCUUCUCUUCUCCUUGGAUGAUCAUCAUGGGAAAUUGCGUACAGCUAUUGCCAUGGCUGUGGCAUCCAUUGCACAUUAUGACUGGCCUGAGGAUUGGCCUGAUUUGCUGCCAUGCCUUUUGAAGCUACUCAGCAAUCAAUCUAAUAUGAGUGGAGGUAGAAUCUUAGUUGAGCUUCAACUACAUCCUUAGUUGAAUACUUCAUAUCCUUGUACUUAUACCGUACGUCUUUAGCUGCUUAUUCUUGGUUUUCCUUCUUUGCAGUUGGAGGAGCUUUAAGAAGCUUGGCUCUUCUCUCUGAUGAUUUAGAUGAUUCAAUGGUGCCAAAACUGGUGCCAAUUUUGUUUCCUCAAUUGCACAAAAUUCUAUCAACCCCCAAUGUUAGUUUUAUACAGCCCAGUUAUUUCUUUUGGUUAUAUCAUUCAAUUGGAUUGCAAAGCUUUGUGCUUGCAUUAAUCCUUCCAAUCAAUCUUUGCCUGAUGUAUCUGUUAAUUUUCAAGUUUUAGUGCUAUCAUCAAAAUGUGCCUUUCUAAGUGAUGUUACAUUAGCCAUACUUACAUUUCCAAACGAUUUAAUGCAGUUAUACGGAAAACCACAGCGUUCCAAGGCUCUAUCAAUUUUUCACUCUUGUACUUCAGUUUUGGCAUCAAUGAGCGGUGUGUAUUGGGUAUGCGGCUUAAUUUCUACUUGCUUAAAUCUGUUUCUUUCGUUCUAGGAAUCUUAUACACAUACUAAUGCCAAUUUCUGUCCAUGCUGAUAUGCUGAGAUUCUGUUUCUUCAGACAGAAACAAGGAUGCUCAUGGUGCCCAUGCUAAAAUCAUGGGUGGAGCUAUUUGCCAUUAUUUUGCAACCUCCAGUGGAUUCCGAAGAUCCUGAUGACUGGAGUAUAAGAAUGGAGGUGGGUCUUCUCAUUUUUUUUCUAUAUUUGUAAAGUUAUGACAUCAUCUUUUGGUCGCACGAUUUGAUUUUAAAUGCCCUGAUCUUUUCAUGUAUCAGGUUCUUAAGUGCUUAACACAAUUUGUUCAAAAUUUUCCUGACCUGAUGGAAGAGGAAUUCGCAGGCAAGUGUACACCAAACACUCAGACUAUGGCUGGACUAUGGCUGGACUAUGGCUUUCUUUGAACUUGUUCAUUUUACCAACGAAAUUUUUGUUUUUUAUUUCAUGCAGUUUUUUAUCAUCCUUUGUGGCAGACUUUUGUUUCAUGUCUAAAAGUAUACCAGUUAUCCUUGAUCCAAGGUGCUGAGGAUCCCCAUGCAGGGAUUUUUGAUUCUGAUGGUUCAGAAAAAAGUCUUGAGUCUUUUAUCAUUCAGGCAAGUGUUUCUUUUUUGCAUACAUAGCAAGUGAGAUUUGCUAAAAGAAUCUUGCCCUUGAUUGUUAGGGCGAUUUAAUUAAACUUAAAAAAAUGUAUUGAUAUGACAUUUACCGACAAUGUUUCUUUUUGUUACCAAAUGGUUUAAAAAAGAGGAAUUUUCAAAUAUGCAAUGUGUUGGGUUUAUCCUCCUCAACUUGUAAUCUAAAUGUAAGUGGAUAUAUGCUAGUUUUCUUAAUAUCUAUGUUAACACUAGCAGAUGUUCAAUAAAUCCUCGAAGGCAAUUGUAGCUUACACUUACCAUUUGUGUUUCGUGCUUGUGGAGUAUGGGAUCUCCAUCUGUUUCCUGAUUUUCUCCUUGAAUUCUUACAUAGCCUUAAAACUUCUGACCAAGACAUUUGUUUUUUCGGGCUCAAUUUAAAGUGCAUUCUUGUUAAAACAUUUCUUUAGUUGGACUUCCAACCUGAGGCAAAGUUCUCAAAAUAUCUUGAUUAGAACAUUCUUCUAGUAUGAUCAAUGCUCAUGUUUAUGCCAGCAGAGAGUGCGCAACUCUCCAUUAUCACUUUCGUUUAGAUGAUGCUAGGUGCGAAUUUGUUAUUUGUUCUUUUACUCACCUUUAGGGAUCCUCAAGAUUUAGUAAAAGUUCAUAAUUUCGAAUCCAUUGUUUCGUUUCAUUUUUUUAACAUAAAAUAAAUUCCAUUAAGUCCUUGUUAUAUUUUGUUACUUCAUAUGAGCCGUCUUUUCUUUUGUCAUUUUUAUUGAAUAUUGCUUCCUAUGGACAACCAUUGCUGGCUAUUGGAUUCGUUCCUUACAAUGCGGUUAUAUCACUUGGACUGUCAACCUGCCGCUCGAUUUAUUGUUUCAUCUGUGCAAAUUCUAUUGGAAGUAUUACCCUAUAAAUUUUUACGCUAUAGCAGUUGUUUUUGCAUCAAUAAUCAUGUGCCAAAGCCUUGGAGAGCAUCUUCAUAUGCCUACAUUUCACCUAGUUGCUUGAGGUUGAGGCAAACCCUUUGUGGAAUGCUUGUAUCUCAGCCAUAAUUAUUAGUCCUAUCUUCCUGUAUUCAGCUAACCCUUUGGUCUUUUGGUUGCCAGUUAUUUGAAUUUUUAUUGACGCUGGUGGGCAGCUCUCGAUUCACAAAAGUAAAAGUUUGGCUUCAAAAUAAGUCGUAGAGUAAUCUGUUUUGCACUGUUUCCCUGCAAUGUCCUGUCUUUAGGUCAACGAAAUUCUUAUUUAAAUUUUUGAUGAAUUCUCUUGAUAGAUUCUUGGAAGAAAUGUCAAAGAGCUGGUGUUUUACUCAAUGUCCUUUCUCCAGAUAACUGAGGAGCAAGUAUGUACUUCAAAAAUUGGGUUCUCUUUACAAUAGUAGCAUUUAAACCAGCAUGUGUGCCAUGCUGAAACAGACCUCUUUUUGAAAUAUCUUUGAAAGAUUUCUUUUGUUAUAUUCCAUUGGCUCAGCGGAUUAUUACAAUUCAAUGAUAACUGGUUGAUUGACCACAUGUGCUGCAUGACGAUCAAGCUUUUUAAGUGCGUCAUCUGGAUAGAUGUUACACAGCUAGCCUUUUUUGAAUUGCUUUUGUUUGGGGUGAUAUAUUUAAGUUUCAUCAUUCUCGGUUUUUUUGCUUGAUCUUAGUUCUCCAUGCAAUCUUUGUCUCAUGUUUAUAAUUCAAGUUUUGACCUGCCAUCUGGAUGGUUGAGGGGUAUCAAGAGAAAGUUGUUAACCAAAUCACUGACUUUUAGUUGAUCAGAAAUGAUAAAUAAAUGGUGGGAAAAAAUUUCUCUCAAGUAACCUGUGUAGGCAUAGGAAGAAGUCAUUUCAGUUGAAUAGAGAAAUGAAAGGCACAAAGCAUGUGGAACAGUCAGGACACGUACACUGCCGGAAUAGACAGAAGUGGGAGGUGACAGAUAGGCAAAUACAGGUAGGCUUACUGAUAGAUGUAAAGUAAACAGAUGUACUGAUAGAUGGAUGAGCAGACAUCAAAGAGAGUCAAAUUGACCGAUCGAAAUAUGCAGCUAAACAUAAUGAUACACUUAACGGUAUGGACAAAUGAGUAAAGAAACAAAAGGCUGAGAGAGUUGAAAAAAUGCAGCCCAUAUGGACAGAGAGAGUUAGACAUACUGAUAGAUAGAUUACAUGUAGAGCUAGGAGAUAAGACUGAAUUGGUGAAGACAGAACCUAUCCUGUCAAAAGGCAUGCCAGUAGCUAACAGUACAUGUUAGGAAAGCUUUUAAGGUCAACAGGCAAACUUGUAAAAUAUGCAUACGAAGAAAUAAUCAGACAGAUUAAUAUCAGUAAAGUAAAAGUUAGCAAGCAAUUAAAGAAAAGAUAUAGGUUGACAGAUUAAGAAAACAAAACUUGCAAAAGUGUGGCUGGAAAUGUCGCCGGAUAAGUGUUAUAUAGCUGGCAGAGGGAUAGAAGGAACGGACAGAGGGAUGGAACAAACAAGGAAGCUGCUAUAACUGGAAGGCCUUAAAAGAAACAGUAGAGAUGGAGAGUCAUAGAAACAGAAAGAGGUGGAAGGGGGGGAGCAGAAUGGAAUGAUCAUAUUGGUGAGGACUGCCUAUGCAUAGAAACAGUUAUCAACAGAUGGAGAAUGGGGAGAUGAGACUGUGUUGGCACAUCACACUAAUAGGCUGUAGGUAGGUGUCAUGUAGGCAAUGAGGUGGAAUGGAAUUUCUCUUGGGUUGACCAAGAAACUUGAAGUUGUUUCCAGUGUGUAGACACUUCAAUCCUUCUAUUGUUGCUGUAACAGUCACAGCUUUAUGUCAGUGUCACAUACCAUGUCUUUAAUAACUAUUCUUUGCAAACAUUUUUAAGUUCGAUACGAAACAUGAACGUUCAGAGCAGCUGGGUGUCGUUGGGCAUUUACAAUUAUUUUUCAUUCAUGCGAGAAAGUUUAUGCAAGAGAAUGUUGUCCAAUCAAGGUGAUUUCGUACCAUGUUGAAAUCUUGUGUCAUUUUAUUAUUGCGUGGAAUAUUUUUUUUCUAAUAAUUAAUAUGCAUUUAUUUUUUUAAUAGCAGAAAUUAAAUAUAUUUAACAAUGGUGUCCUCUGGGUAUAUUGACUACUUGUAUAGCUUGACGCACUAAAACAGCAGUGACAUUCGAGCUGCUGCUAAGCUAGGGAUGUGGAACUGUGAAGAAAUUGCUUGUCGUUGCUUAUAAAUAUCUAAUUAGUAAGGAAACUAAACCAGGACCUGCCAUUGCGAAAAGAAAGUAGGUUACUUGAUGUAAAUUAUCAGUCGGAUUUUUAUUUUUUGAUUGUAGCUGUUAAUCUCUCAGAAUUUUUUUCUACUUUUAUCAUGCCAUUUCUUUUCUGACUUUGCUGUCCAUGUAGGUGCAUACCUGGUCUGUAGAUCCUAACCAAUUUGUUGCUGAUGAGGGUGAUGUUACCUACAGUUGCCGUGUAUCAGGUAAGUUGUACUUUGAGAGAUGGUUUAUAGGUUAUUUUGAACAGUCAUCUUGAACCAGGUGUAAAAAAUGAUAUUGAGAGCUGGCGCUCAAUGGAUUCAAUAGUUGGACCAAGCUAUUGAACCUGUUACAUUGGAAAACUGCAUUUCUGUUGAAUAGUAAUUUUAUUUCUGGAGUCAGUGAGGCCUCUUUGUAGGAUACGAUGUUUCAUUUUUAAUUCUUCCAUAAUUCUUUCAAUACUGAAAGCACUUACAAUCUUUUUUGAUAGUUGGGAAUGGUUUUGUCAUAGAUGUUGAACCAUGCAAGAGAUUAACCAUGAGAAAACAGAGUCAUCAUUUAAGCUGUUUAACUGUAUUCUCAUCCUGUGACAAGUUAUGAUAUAACGAUCAUCAUCAUUACUCUGAUAAUUCAAUAAAUGGGUUUAGAAAGAAGUGCACAUACAUUGCCGGCAGGAAAAGUUGGAAAGAAGCUGAUGACGUCAGAAAGCUGGGGCGAAAUGUAAGAGAACUAAGCCUUGUGGGGUGGGCAUAGAUUGCCAUGAGGAAGUCCAUUGAGUUGUGUUUAUGAAGGCAAUUAAAUUCCUUGUGGGUGAUGUAGAGAUAGGGAUAGUUUUCUCACUCGUCAGGGCAUAUGGUAGUGGAGAAGACAAGACAAAAUGAGGGUAUCAGAGUUUUUUUAACUUAAAGUGUAUGGUAUCUCUGACAAGCUACGAAUGUAAUAGUGCUAUUUAUUGUCGAAAGCAUUGCAAGGAACCUAAGAAGCACCAAAAAGAGCAUUCCGAAGGCCCAAAAGGCCCACAUGAAGAUGACUCAAGAACUAGAAGACCUAAAAGGGUAAAUUGUUGAAAGGUUUAGAAGUAACAAGGCGUGAUACAUUUUCAUUCCUUGUAGAUUCAAUGUUUGGUUCAUUCUCUCAAGGGUCCCAUGUCAAGUGGUAUCAGAGCAAAUUUUGGAAGCCUAGUUGCCCUUAUGAAGAUCUCUCAUGUGUGUGACACGGUCAACCCUACUGACAAUGCCAUUCGUGAGGUUGGUGGUCUUUUGAAAGCUGAUUUUCUUGAGUAUCCAUAUAGCGUCGAUCAGAAUUUCUAUAAUCUACUUCAAUAACUGGUGUCAAGGAUGACUGCAUUGGGACUGAGGUAUGAUUCUAACAUGAGGACCAUCAAUAGUGAUUGGAGAUGCUUUGCUUAUAAACUGUGCACAAUCACUGUACAGUCAUUUAGGGUAUGAGGAGAAAUUUGCAGCUAUGAAUAAUCGUUCAUUAUUGUAUUUUAAAACAAUGGAAACCACUUCAGUGAGAACGUUUUGAACGGAUUUCGUGGGAAUAUUGACAACCUUGUUUUCUCGGUCAUUUUAGUAUUGAAGAAUCUUUGGAUAUAUGAAUGUUAAAAAAAAAACAAGUGAACUUUGUGCUAAAUAAGUUCAAGCACUGUGCAAUUGCAUCCUAGGUGCAUCUCUAGGCAACUUGUGGUAUCAAGUGUUCAUGUAUUGUAUGAUUUGGAUCUUUUCUAUUAGUUACGUGGGUUGCAUUGGGUAUCUUCUACCAUGCUGAUGCACCACUGUCAACUUAUAUUUCUUCUCCUUUGAAUCUUCAUACUGUUAGAAGUUCUAAGGGGAAUACUGUAGAAGACUGAGGCUAUUUUGGGAAAGUGUAUGUAGGGUCUUUCCUUAUUUAAGGGAUUUUAGAGGUGAAUGAAUGGAUUGAGGUGGUUUCUGCCAUUCCUCCCCUCUGUCCUCCAUAAUGGAGGAAAAUCUCCUCUAUGUUUCUUAACAUCUAUAUUUAAAACUUAACGUUUAAAAGUUCCUUGAUAAAAAUAUGACCUUGAAAAUUAAGUAGGGCAACCUUCAAAUCAAAGCUUUUCGAAUGUUUUUCGCCAAAUCUGAUUCCAUUUCUCCAAAUCUAAUAAGAGUUACGUACAUGCCAAAUUCUCCUCAUAAAUUUCGCCUAUGGCGGAUGUGAGUUGCGAUCAUAAAUCUGGGGUCUCUAAUCAUUAUUGGCGCUCAAAGAGCUCUUAUCUUGCGAACAAUGUUGCUCACAUGGUUGCCCAUCAUGUCCAUGGAACAUCGUCACAAGCAUCUCUGGGAUUUAGAAGCUCGCCUGAUACCACUUGACUGGUUCCAGGAGUGAAAAUGGGAAUCCUUGAAUAUGUAAGUACCAAAAAAGGUGAUCUCUUGUAUCCCCAAGGGUUCCUUUAAUACAUAAUAACGAAGAAAAAAUAAAAUUGUUUGUGCCAAAAAGCCAUCGUCCUCUACAGUUUGUUGUUCUAUGAAUAAUAUGAAGUUAGUUUCAUAUCCUUUAGAAAAUAAGAUUCGCUAAUAAAAAACUUUGAAUGAACCUUUCUGAAAAGAAGAGAAAACUGUAACUGCAAUAGCCUAAAAAAAAAGGAUCUGGUAUAGAGAAGAUGCUGCAAUGUUUGGGCCUUCCUCAUUUCUUGUCAUUCUGUCAUACACCACUAUACCGACGAAUGUUGAAGUUUUAUGGCCUUUGACAUUAAUAGAUGUUCCUUAGGUACUUGAAAUCUAGUUGAAUCUUUAGGAGAAGAAAGCUAUCAAUUCUCUCUUGAGUUUCCUGACUGUUUUGCCUUUGUCAGUUGGUGAGGAGCAGUUGCUUUUUAUUGAAAAAUAGAGCAUUUAUUUAAACUUCAUGUUAUUUUGAAGUUUUCUGUAAGACUUGGAUUUAUAUUCUUUCGUUUACUACUAUAAGCAUUCUGAAGUCUCAUCUUUUUAUUUUCUGCAUCAAUAAAACUUUAUGCAGGCUCUCUCUUAUUGGAAGAAGUUAUCAAUUCUUAUGGUCUAGAUGGAAUCAAUUCUGUCAUUGAAGCUGCCCAGAAGCAUUAUGCUGAGUCUACUAGAAGAAAACUUGUUGGCUCUUCAGACUGGUGGAGAGUUAAUCAUCUUGCUUAGUUUUUCUUAUGGAAAUCAUUUGCAUUUCUGGACAAAUUUCCGUCACACCAUCUUUAAGUGAUUAUUUACUUGGCAUAGAUAGUACUCAUAAGAUUGUAUGGUAAAUAUCUAACCAAUUAUCUGAUCUACUCUGUUAACACCUUGGUUAUGUGCUUUGGAGACUCUGUGAUCAGUUAUCCUUUGAAAAUUUCUUGUUAAAGCAGGGUGACAGAUAAUGGGAUGGUUGAAUGAAAGAUCAGUAAUAGCCUCUGCAAAAACAUACCUCAAUAAUUUCCUGGGAAUGGGAUGGUUAAAAGAGCUAUUUCACGAGUAAAAGCCAUUAGCUUUCGUAUCCUUUCUUUCGUGGCUAGGUUACUGUAGGUUGUUCAUUACUGUUAUUUAUUGUCUUAAGCUGGAUUUUGAUGUUCAUAUUAUUAUCCUUAACUAUCCUACGAAUGCAAGUUAGGUACUACACUUCUAACUAGGUAUUGAAAAUUAAACAAAAGUUUGGCAUCAUCUGCUUCAUAUAAUGUAAAGUUGUAUUUAACGCUGCAAGUUGAAACAGCUUUGAACUUUGAAAAGUAUACUACGAGCACAGCCUGGGAACGCAGGAGGCAAUAAGCCUUGUAUGCCUGUUUUCCCUUUCUUACACUCUCAGUAGAAAUUCCACCUCGUGACGUCAUGUAUUUCCUGAAAAUGGGGGUUUUUCGAAAAGGAAUUGUUGGAUGACAGUGUUGUACUUUCUUUGUCUUUAUAUGGCGUUGGGUUGGCCAGCCAGCUGACAUAAAUUUAGUUCGGAAAUACUGGAUGGUGGUAAUAAUUCGUCUUGGCAUUAACAUCAACAUCUUCAAGGCAAGAAGCAUUUACAACAAUCUCAAGAUAAACCAUGUGCUAGUCUCGACCUCUACACUGUGAUCUUGUCUGUAUCUGACUGCUUACUCAGCCCUAACCCCUAUGUCAGAUAACAACAUUUAUUCAAUUUCUUUAGAGGAUGUGGAGAUCUUAAUAUUGGAGAAGGUAUUAAGGAAGUGCCAUAUAAUUUUCGCUUAGCGGAAAACAUGGACAAGCCAAAUUGUCGAACUAGUGCAAAGAAAAUCGGUUUUCCCAAUUUUUAACAAAGGUUUAUACCUUUGGGAAGGACUAUUUUAUGGAAAUUUGCUUUGCAUUGAUCUUAUUCUAGUUAGUAAAUAUAUUUCCUUAUGGAGUGUUAGAUUAAUUGAGUUAAAUUGCCUUCAUAGUCUUGGACUUCUUAACAAAUGUUUUAAUCGCUAUUUUUGUGUUUCGAAUAAGUCCUUGAUUAACAAGCUCGUUUUAAGCACUGGCUUGGAUUUCUGAGGAAAUCUGUGUUGUUGAAAUAUAUUGGUUAAGUUGCAGUAGGAUCCCUUCUUAAAAUUUUCAUUUUAUUGGAAAUAAUGAGGAAUGCUCGGGGGGAAUUUGAUAUCUUGAAUAUGAAAAAUGAGAUGAAACCUGUUGUCAGCUCAGUUCAUCUUUUCUUGAUUAUUGAGAUGAUCUCCUGCGCAAAGUUCUGAUGAAUCCAAUGUGUCUAUGAAACUAGAUUGCAGUGUAUCCAUUUGUGAGAAAACGUCUUGUGAGAUCAGCUCAAGAAGUACUAACAAAUUAGGAUUUCAAUUUAUUUAGUAAUUUGUAAUGUUGUGUCUAAGUUCUGAAAUUCUUGUCUGUUUUGUCUUUUUGUGGCUAUUUGUGUCCUUUUUUUGUGCUCUAACAUUGGUGUCUAAAUUGGUUUAGAUACGGGAAGCAUCCAUUUUUGCGUUGUGCUCUGUAUCCGAUCAGCUGAUUGAAGCUCAGGUAUAUGAGUUUUUGUUUAUGACAUCAUCCUAAUGUUAAUUGUUUGGUGAAUAGAUCACCAGAAUUUUGCUGGUUAUUGUUGAUGUGUUUAUGUAAUACUAUCUUCCUUCCACUUUCUUCUGAUUAUUGCUCUUUUCUCCAGGAUUCAGGAUCAUUCAGAUUCAGCUUAGCCGAACUUCUUCAUAAAAUUCUUAUUGAGGGCAUAGGCACUGGUACCAGUUUCUUUCAACUGAAUUAUUACUAUGGUUUCUACAUUUCUUUUUAUAUUUUCCGUCUUAUGAUGGGUGAUCGUUGUUGUCUGUAGAGGUACAUGAGUUUCCUUUCCUUCAGGCACGCAUAUUCUCUGCAGUUGCCAAAUUUUCGUCUUUGGUAAUCCUCCUAUCCUUCUCUGCUCCUCGAAGUUCAUUAUCUUUUGUACCAGAUAUGAAACUGCUGUUCCUGAUAUUUGACAGAUCAAUCAAGAACUCCGUCAGCAGUUUCUCCAUGCUGCUAUUCAGACAAUUUCACUGGAUGCGUAAGAUUUAUUUUACCUUGGAAAUUUAUCAGCGUCCUAACAAAUGUUGACACCACAAGGAAAUUUAAUUGUAGCAGCUCACCUCCUGCCAAAGUAGGUGCUUGUCAGGCGCUAUCUCAACUCCUAUCAGAGUCUGACUCUGGGGUUCUUCAGACACACGUAGUAGGAUUAUUUUCGUCACUGAUUGAUCUUCUUAAGCAGGUAACUAAAAUAUUCUCAAAGAUACAUCGGUUAUUGUCAAUUCUGUUUUAAUAAACUGUCUCUUCCAGGCUUCCGAAGAAACUCUACAUCUUGUGCUUGAAACACUCAAAGCAGCUGUUAAGGCAGGUUUGUUUUAAUAGUUGUCAAGCUACAUUUUUCAAGUGCAGCUGCCAUGGUGAUGAUGUCUAGUAAUUUACUGAUUUCAUAUUUUUAUAUGUUGUCAAUAAUCAUUUUUUAUACAGGCAACGAACAUUCAGCCUCUAUAGAACCAAUGAUCUCACCAAUUAUCCUUAAUACUUGGGUACAGCAUGUUUCAGAUCCGUUUAUCAGUAUAGAUGCUUUGGAGGUUUUGGAGGUAGGACAUCACUAUUCAGAUGGUUCUUCGUUGAAUAAAUUUAAUUUUAAUGUACACAUUGCAACUUUUGUGACUCUUUCUAUGCAAUCUUUUAUCUGUUAAUUCCGAGUAUCAUUGAGAAUUUCAUCACUCCCUAUUGGUGAUAUAUGUGAUGACGUUGACAAAAGCAUUGCAGUCUGAUAUAUUGAAGAAAGGUAUCAGUCUUCCUUUUCCGAAACAUUGAUAUCUGGUCUAACUAUCUAUCCCUUUGAAUUUUUGUAAGGUUUCCAAUUUUUUAUUCUAUGUUGCAUUGCUGUAAUGUAUGGGCAAGAAGAACUAAAUUCUAAUAAAAACUGUUCCGUUAAUGUGAAGCCUCAAUAAAGGCAGUUUAACGAUGUAAUGAUAUCUAUUUCUGUGCUUUAGUACUGCUCUUUUAGCUCUUUAUCCAUCAAGGAUUUAUACUGAACUAUAAUUUGGAAACUUGCCCAUCAAUAUCUCUGAGAUUUUUAACUGAGAAUUGGUGAUGGAUGGAUCAGGCACAUGAAGAGUCCAUGCAUGAUUAAAUCGGGAUGAGAUUAUAUUGGUCAGUUUAAAGGGUGAUAGCUUGUGAUAGGAUGAUACAAUUGAAAAGAGAACCGUAAGGGAGAAAUUUCAAAAAAGGAAACAUCGUGCGAAAUACAACUGUAGAUACUGAAAAAAUGGAAGCCUGAGACAUGUAGAGGUUAUAUUGUUGCCAAACUCCAAAUAUAUUCCCCUAUAAGAACUUGGUGAUAGCAUGAUCUUGCUGCUUUCUGAUAACACCUACUAACUACACUAGCUACAAUUUUGGGCAAAACUUGCAAGGCAUGGCGGAAAAUUGAUGUCGGGGUGUUGAAAUUUCCAUCUGAUUUUCGAUGAUGCCUGAUGCAUAUGGCUCAAUAAAACGCACGUAGAUUUCAUCGAUAAUAUUCUGUGUAUUGAUAUUUGCACUUAGGUAGAGAUAUUGGCUCUUGAUGUGUGCUUUGAAAUAAUUUCUGGCAUCAAGUUCAUUGAUGUACUAUUUUCUUCAUCCAGGCAAUUAAGAAUGCUCCAGGAUGCAUGCAACCUCUGGCUUCCCGUAUUUUGCCCUCUAUACACUCCAUAUUGGAAAAAGUGAGCCUUACCAUGUUCUUUAGUGUUUUAUUAAGUUCCAAAGAUGCAACUUUUUCUGAAUUGUAUCUAGUGUAUCAGCCUCAGAUGCAGUCGACUGGUUUAGUUGCGGGGUCGCUGGAUCUGCUGAGUAUGUUAUUAAAGGUAUUUCCUUUACUUGUGAGGAUGGGAAAGACUUUACUUCCACAGAGUGCCUGCUGGCUGAGUUUUUUUAUCUUUACGCAGAUUUUGAUGUUAAUUUGCAUAUAUUGAACCACAGGAUGCUCCAGCAUAUAUGGUGAAAGUCUUUUUUGAUAAUUGUUUCAAUAGUGUGAUCAAUAUUAUCCUACAAAGUGAUGACCAUGGUGAAAUGCAGGUACGAUUACCAAUUUUUCUUCUUGUCAUCUCCUGUAAUCCAACUUGCUUUUAAAUCAUGACUGGGCACCAACAUUAAAGAAAAUGAAAGGAAAAAGCUUUUUGGGGGUUUAAUGAUUUAGGGCAUAAAUUGUUUCCUAUCUGGUGAAAUGCUGCACUCUGCAGGUCACUGUUCCAUUUUCUAACUCUGUUGUUGCAUUAUUUUAGAAGGAUAUAGUACCUUACGUUAUUAAAUAACCAAAAUAGAUUCUUGAUAAUUCUCUUGUUCGAUGCUUGGUUCCUUGGCUAUACUACGCAUUGUUUUUAUGUGUCCUUGACCUGUUUUGUAUGCUUAUUGAGGUUUAGAAUGCAACGCAAUGUCUAGCUGCAUUUGUAUCUGGCGGAAAACAAGAGUUGCUUUCUUGGGGUGGUGAUCCAGGAAUAACAAUGAAAAGUCUACUUGCUGCAGCUUCCAGGUAUGUUGUUUUUCGGUUCCGUAUCCUGCAGUUUUUUUUUCUUGAGUAAAGUAGCUCACCCUGCGCUAUGAUUGAAAACGACGGCAAACUCCUUGUUCUUGCUGUAGCACACGGUUGGAGAUGGCUUUUAAACAUGUUCUAUGUUGGCUUACAAAAUAUAUCUGGGGAUCAAUGUGUAGGCUUCUGGAUCCUGAUAUGGAGAGUUCUGGAUCGCUCUUUGUUGGUAGCUACGUUCUACAGCUUAUCCUACACUUUCCGUCACAGAUGGGCGUGCACAUUCGAGAUCUUAUUAGUGCCCUUGUACAGCGUAUGCAAUCCUGUGAGAUAGCUGGGCUGAAAAGCUCACUUAUAGUGAUUAUUGCUAGAUUGGUAAUUUCUUCUUUCUGUUUUCCAUAUUCAUCCCGUUUUACCUUAUUAUUCCUGCAGCUUAGUCAUUCCUUUUUAUUUUACGUGAUAAAAAAUAUUGCAUUUGAAAUCCUGUAAGCAUUUUUGGUGCACUGCUUAUUUUAUCCUGCAGCAAACUCCGGUCUUCAUCAAGUGUAUUGUUCGUAGCCUGCUGUUUAUUUUGUGUUUUAGGCCGACGGAUAGUAGCUAGUCUCUGUGGUGGAUGUUGGCUUUGAAAACCUAAGCAAUGAGAUGAGUCAGUUAUCAAUACAUGCCUAAAUGUUCUGUUCUAUCUCCUUGUGUAUGUCUCCAUGUGGAGUCGUUUGAUUGCAAGUAUGAUGUGGACUUAUGGUUAAUUUUUUCCCUACAUUAACGAGAUAAUGCUAACAUAAUCUCAUGAGUUAGACUUUGGAAAAAUAGAAACCCAGAGCAUGGCAGAACAUGGAAUGUGAUUGGUUAAUGAACUCUAACAAUGGGACUACUGAUCCCCUGAGGGAAAUGCUCGACGUCCUCUUUCCACGUGAGUUGAUAUGGAUCAUUGCUAAACUUGUAUAUAGGUGAGCAAGUACUGUAUUUCCCUUGCAUAUGUUCUUGUCGAACGUAGUAAAACUUUUAUCUUGUAGUGUCAAAGGAAACUGUGCGGUUAGAUGUUUCAGAAAUGAGCUGACUCGGAUUACUCUAGAUGGAUUAGUAUUCUGUGCCUAAAUUCUCUCCACAUGAUCAGUGGUUGUGCUGAUUUCAUUUUUGGUGUAGACUUGUUCUUCAUUUUCUAAUGGUGUUUUUGACAUAAUUAUAGAGAAUGAUUAUCAUCACCUAGAUUCUGAUUAAAUAUAUAUGUAUACAUAUGGGAAGGGCAUGUUAGAAAGUUGGUGACAUUAUUCUAGAGAAUCAUUAUCAACUAGGUUUUGAUUAAGAAAAAAAUAUGGGAAGUUGGUGAUUGUUCAAUAAAUCUCCCAGUUUCUUCCCGUUUUUUGGGUGAAGUUUAAAAUUUGGCUGGGCAUGUUUAAUCCCGUUAUGGGGUUUAGAUAUAAAUAUAUUUCCGUUCUUAUGAUUGGAUGUCCCAGUUAUGUCCCCAGUUUUCGUUUUUUCCUUCUUCUAUUCCUUCAAUUAAAUUUACACGUCGUGCAUAGUUACAAGCCUAUUUCUGUGUGUUCUAUAGAAGAGCGGCUCUCAUCGUUGUAGGAUAUUAGACUUUAUUCUACAUUUCAGCAAUCAAAAAAAUCGAAGCUGCAGAAUCGUCGUACUCGGGACAUUUUGAACCUCAGACCGUGACAGUAUGUUAUGAACUCAUGUAUGAACAUAAAUGCCCCCAGAAUAAUUCAUGGAAACUGUUAGAAGGUACGAAGGCAAUUAGGUUAAAGGGCAUUUUGGGAGAAGUAUUGUUAGGUUUUGUCCCCAUUUAAGAGACUUAGUGGGUGAAAGAAAGACUGGAGCUAGGGUAUUAUCUCUCUCUAUGUCUAUGUUUUCUACAGAAACCUUAAAAUAUGAAAGUGGAACAGUGAUAAAUGUAUGAGAUGGAAGCAGCUCCUGUGCUCUGACCCUUCUCUGGUCAAGGCAUGGCGUGGCUGGUCAUAUGACCCACUGAUUAUAUGAUUCCUACCAUCAUUUAAUGAAAUCCAUUGAACCUUCUUUGGUCAGUUUCUAUCUGGUCCAUCUUCUCCAAUCAUCUACAUCAAUUACUGCCUUUUCAGGUGCAUCUCUUCACCCCAAACGUGGACCAGUUUGUCAACCUGCUGCUCACUCUUCCAGCAAAGGGCCAUGAGAAUUCUCUGGCGUAUAUAAUGUCUGAGUGGUCAAAACAACAACGUGAGGAUACCCAUGAACACUUGAACUGCUGAUCACCCGUUCUUCAUCGAUUGAUCAGAUUAUCUUUCUGACUCAAGGGACUGAAUUUUUUUGCUUCCGUUCGUUUUAACCCGCAUGCAGCGGAGAUCCAAGGAGCCUACCAGAUCAAGGUCACAACCACCGCUCUAGCUUUAUUGCUUGCGACAAGGCACGCCGAACUGGCGAAGAUCAACGUCCGAGGCCAUCUCCUCAAGGUCUGUAAAUCUCUUCUACUUUUGGGUUAUCCGAAAAGGGAGAAUCUUUGCUUAUUUUCUCCCGGGGAUCCAGUCUGAUGCAGGUAUUGUCACUCGUUCGAGAGCCAAGCGGACCCCCGAGAGAUGGACUCUGGUGCCUCUUCCUACGAAGGUCAGAGACCUCGGGGAACCCAUAGUUCAUCCAGUUUUUCGACGCCUAUCAUAGCUUGAAUUAUCCUCGACUGUGCAGAUGUUUGCUCUGCUGUCUGACUCACUGAUCGAGAUCCAAGAGCAGGACCUUGACGAGGAUGAGGUGGUGGAAAAAGUCAACUCUGUUUUUGUCUCCUCUUUUGUUGAUCGAAUGAUUGAACUUGUUCGUUUUAGGACGGUGAUUGGGUGGAGGAUGGAGAAGGUGACGGCAGUUAUGGCCGAGAUGUGCUUUUCUCCUCCUUGGAGCCUUCGAAUCCGAGGCCUUCGGUCGAGCAUCUUCACGCCAUGGCAAGAUUUCUAGAUGAUGUGAGUAUGGUUCUCAGUCAAAAUAUAUUUUUUCUGAUAUUGACUAAACUUAAAGUCAAAGUCAAAGAGAUAAAAACGAGGGCUGGAACUUGCUGAUUGGCUAGUGACGGCCAUAUUUGAAACCCAGCAGGCAGAUGGUGACGAUGAUUUUGAGGAUCUCAUCAAGGGAGCUGACCCACUUAAUCAGGUCUGACAUCCGAGUUGACCAUCUGAUCUGAUCUCCUCAAGCUGCCGGGCUGAUCGAUCUCACUCCUCGCCUUGCAGAUCGAUCUAGGAGAUUAUCUGAAGGAGUUCUUGGUCAACUUCUCGAACCGCGAAGGAGCUCUCUUCGAGAAUCUCUAUAAGGUGAUCCGAUGCUCUUGUGGGGAGGGAAGGAAUGUAGGGGGGAUGUUGACCAGUGGAAUCUUUUGGUUGACUUGCAGGAUCUGUCGGAGGCCCAGAAGGUCGCGGUGAAGAGGGUUCUGAGGAGAUUUUGA